AUGCAGGUUCCACCUAACCUGCUGCUGAACUAUGUCAACCUCCCGUCGCUGUCCCCAGGCUUCUUCACCACAGUGUGGGGACUUGCUUCUGCUCUGACAUCCCUGUUCACGAAUUAUGGUCAGAUUGUCGCAUGUCUAUUUCUUCUUGCUUUAGCUGGUGCGUUUCCAAUAGAGAGAUCUUCUGUAGUUGUCUCCCUGGAAGAUAAGCAUGUAUUUCAAAUUCGAACCAAAACUAGAGGCCCCUUUUUGGCUGGUAUCAUCUCAAAAUGGUACACAAAAGAGGAACUUGCCCUGCACAUGUCCAUCUUCUACUCCGGUUCCCUCAUCUCCGGUGCCUUCGGCAACCUCAUUGCUGCCGGCAUCCUCAAGUGUCUCAACGGCACCCGCGGACUGGCACCUUGGCAGUGGCUCUACAUUAUUGAGACUUCCCAGACACCUGGAAACUACUCGCACCGGAGCUCAGACGUGUCGCCAACAGACAGACGCCUUUCCAUUGAAUCCGCAGAAGUAGAUGUCGACACGGGCUCUCGCGACAUGAGCCAAUUCACAGGCCUUAUAACUCGUCUUUUCAGAUCCAAAAACCCACAUGCUCACCCUAGCGUACAUGGCCUUAACCGACGCGAGCGUGUUCCAGAACCACUUCCCCACUCCAACCCUCCCGCUGGGGUACAGCGACGCCAUCUGCCUUCUCCUCGGUCGCACCCCCUUACGUCUUCAGAGAAGCUUACAGACUCAAUCAUUCACAUCUAUCAGACUGUUUUGGUAACUGCUUCUGGCUCUUCAUCUAUUCCAUUUCUAUAG